GACAAGAUCAGUUUAAAAACAGACAAAAAGCAUGAGUAAGGUUGACGUACAACGAUGAAUGCUUUCAACAUGUUCUUAGGUUUGUAGGAUAUUGUCUAAAAAAUAUACAUGUGUGAAUUUGACCUAUAGACCUAUGAAUAGCAAGCUGCACAACCUACAUUACUGCUCUGAAACAGCCUCAGGUUUUUAAGGUUAACAAAGAAAACAUUCCCUGUUUGUUAAAGUCGAGGUGGUUGUGGUUAAUUGAGGAAAAAAAGCUUCUAUACUAUCAGAUUGCAUUUUAGUCAGACGAACACACCAAACCACCAUGUUAUCACAACAUCAGACUUCUGCAAGUUUAAGUCAUGUGCCUCCUAUUUCACUUGAUUUAUAGAACUUUGUAUGAAAUGAUGGUGCAUCACUCAUCCUUACUACUGUGUAAUUACAAAUCUAUUUUGAGACCAGCCUAUUUGGGCAAGCAAUUUCCUACAAAGUUCGUUGUGUUGUUAGUAGUUUUCUGCAAACUUUUUCACAUUAACAGAAUUUGAACAUUGAACAAAUAGAUGUUAUGUAAGACUUUUGAAACUGAAAAACUGCCACAUCCCCACUCAAUGUUUAGAACAAUCAGUCUUCAUGAAUUUUGCCAAGAUUGUCCCUACUCAGCAACAAAAACUGAACUCCACUCCACCCUGUCCCUCUCGACAUUGGCUUUAUGUUAGGUGCAGCUGCAGGCUCUGGUUACACCCUCUCCACCCUCUAAAUGUCCCGCUGCAGGAUGGAGCAGACAGCUGUGAGAAUCUGAUAAUAUUCCUUGUGCACAUUCUUCCAUCAUUCACUUUGCUCUUAGAAGAGUGAGCAGCUUCCACACUGAGAAACUAAGAGCAAAAAAUCAUCGCAAUGUCCAUCCGGAGGCUUAGGAGCAACCCUAAAACAUUGGGGGAUGUCAAUUUGGUGACGGAGGAGCUGAAGAAUCUUUAUUAUAAGAGGCUGUUGCCGAUAGAGAAAUACUAUUCUUUCCAUCACUUUCAUUCUCCGAGCUAUGAGGACGCAGACUUUGACAACAAACCAAUGGUGCUGGUGAUGGGUCAGUACUCAACAGGAAAGACAACUUUUAUCAGGUAUCUCAUAGAACAAGAUUUUCCUGGUAGCAGAGUUGGUCCAGAGCCAACCACUGACUGCUUCACUGCCGUCAUGUAUGGAGAGGUGGAAGGAAUCAUCCCUGGCAAUGCCCUCACAGUGGAUCGGAAAAAGCCCUUUCGAAACCUCGGCCCUUUUGGAAAUACUUUUCUGAACAGGUUUCAGUGCGUUCAGAUGCCAAAUAAAGUCCUUGAGAGUAUCAGCAUUAUCGACACACCGGGCAUCUUAACUGCUGCUAAAAGAAAACUGAGUCGAGGCUACGACUUCCCAGCAGUGCUGCGCUGGUUUGCAGAGCGUGUGGAUCGAAUCAUCCUGCUGUUUGAUGCACAUAAACUAGAGUUCUCCGAUGAGCUCACUCGGGCCUUUGGGGCUCUGUGUGGCUAUGAGGACAAGUUGCGCGUGAUUCUCAACAAAGCCGACAGGGUGGACUCGCAACAGCUCAUGAGAGUGUAUGGCGCCCUCAUGUGGUCGCUGGGGAAAGUGUUUCGAACCCCCGAGAUCUUGAGGGUUUACAUCGGAUCUUUCUGGUCAGAGCAGAGGCAGAUGUGUGACCACUACCAGCUGAUAGAGCUGGAGGAGGAGGAUCUUUUGGCCGACAUAAGGAACCUGCCUCACAAUGCUGCAGUACGCAAGCUCAAUGACGUGGUGAAGAGGGCACGCUUAGUAAGGGCUCAUGCCCACAUUAUCAGCUAUCUGAAGCAGGAGAUGCCAACAAUUUUUUGCAAAGAAAGCAAGAAGCACAAUCUGAUUUACCAGCUUCCUGUAAUUUUCACCAAGAUCCAGCAACAGCAUCGAGUCCCAGCUGGCGACUUCCCUGACUGCACCAAGAUGCAGGAGAAACUUUUGGGUCAAGAUUUCUCAAAGUUCAAGACACUGAAACCAAGUCUAAUGGCUUCCUUGGAUAAACUCCUGACCGCUGACAUAGCAAACCUGGUGCCUUUACUUCAACAACAAGAACUGAGGAAGAAAUCCUUCCCUGGUAUGUUGGACAGGGAAUUUUUAGGAACAUUCAGGCCUGAGCAUUACAGGAGGGAUCCAUUCAAGGAAUUCCCCAGAGAUGACGAGAGCAGUGAGACAGAUUUCGAGGAGUGGGCAGUGGAGAAAUACAAGCCAAAAUACGACGAGAUUUUCUACAACCUCAGUCCAAAUGAGGGCAAACUGAGCAGCACCAAAGUCAAAGAGUGGAUGACGACCACCCUUCUGCCCAACUCUGUGCUUGCUCAUGUCUGGAGGCUGUCUGAUAUAGAUGGGGACGGCAUGCUGGAUAAUGAGGAGUUCGCUUUGGCAGUCCACCUUAUUGAGGGAAAACUGGAGGGUCACUUUCUCCCCCGAGAGCUGCCGUCUCACCUAGUGCCACCAUCAAAACGGCUAAGUACAGCCAGCGAUGAAGCGUAAACAUGACACUGAAAGGAAGGCUCUGUGUACAUUAAUUGUACAAUUUGUACAUAAUUUCCUAAAUAUAACCUAAUCUGGUAGUAGCAGUUUGUUGUUUAAAAAAACUAACAAAGUAUACAGUGCCUGUGAUGUUAUCCAUUUGUAUGUUAAUCAUCAUGACACCAAAACCUAAAGAUUACCAUUGAUGAUUUUGAUCACUGCAAAUUUUUCACAUCAUAUUUUCAUCUCACAUUUCACGUCUUCUGCAGUCAGUCAAAUAUCCAUGGGAAUAAGAAAAAUAAAGCAGCAAUUAUCUUUAUUUAGGGGGAAUUUCCCAUUAUAUAUUUGUUGCUCACAUAAUCAUAAUGUAUUUUCUAUCAAUGGCAUUAAACUUGUAAAGAUAACCA